AAAGCUAAUUAUAUGUAUAUUUAUAUAAAAAAGCAAAGCUCUGAUUGAUUGUUUCUCUGGCUUCUCCAUUUUUUUGAUUGGUUUCCACCUUCCUUCCUUUCUUUCCUACACACCAUUAAUAGAUGAGCCAUACUUAGAAAUUUUCUGAGAAAAAAAUGGGGUUCUCAAGGAGACACUCCAUUACCUUUCUGGUCCUCUAUAUUGCUCUGUUCCAAUACUCCACCACAGCCUCUGCUAAAUCAUCACCGAAGACCAAAAACUUCAGCUACAUCGAGUUUAAAGAAGAGAGGGAAAGACCCUUCUUCACGUUCUCAAACUUUUCCUCCAUUGAUGGUGGAGCCCUUCAGCUCACACCAGACAAUGAGAACCAGUACUUGGGCUACUACAACAAGUCAGGUCGAAUCAUGUACUACAAACCUCAGAAGCUAUGGUUAUCUGAUACUGAUAAGGAUAUUGCUUCUUUCAACACCACCUUUGUUAUGAACAUUUACAGAAACAAAAUUUGGAAUCCAGGAGAAGGGUUGGCGUUUCUUAUAGCUCCGGACUAUAAAGUCCCCGAACAAAGCCAUGGCCAGUGGUUGGGCCUAACCAACGCCACCACCGAUGGUCGAAGCCAGAAUUACAUGGUUGCCAUCGAAUUCGAUACAGAAAAGCAAGACGAGUUCGACCCGGAUGACAAUCACAUUGGCCUAAACAUCAACUCAGUGAGAUCAAACAAGACUGUGUCUUUAAACAAGUUCGGGUUCUUGUUAUCGCCGGCGAACGGUACGGACUACCGAGUGUGGAUCCAGUACAAUGGUAAGUCCAAAGUGAUGGAGGUUUAUGUGGCGAAUCGAAGCAGCUCAAGGCCGAAGGACCCUUUUCUUAGAGAGACCAUAAACUUGAAAGACUACGUUAGAAGGGAGUCGUACUUUGGUUUUUCAGCUUCUACUGGAAACCCUGGGAUUCAGUUCAACUGUGUUUUGGAAUGGGAGCUGCAAAUGGAAGAUUUAUCAGUGAAGAAAGAUAGAAAAUGGGUGUUCAUUGGAAUUGGUGUUGGAGUUGUGGGAGUGAUUGUUUUAGCAUUGUUUGGAAUCAAAGUGGGAACUGGGUAUCUGAGAAAGAAGAGAAAAGAGCAAAAUGAGGAGUCCAAUGUGCUUGGAGCUUUGAAAAGAUUGCCUGGAAUGCCGAGAGAGUUUAGAUAUAAGGAUCUGAAAAGGGCCACUGAUGAUUUUCAUGAGAGUAUGGUUCUUGGUCAAGGUGGAUUUGGAGUUGUUUACAGAGGUGUUCUUCGUGAAAAGAUUGAAAGUAUUAGUGGUUCAGCUACCACUACUGAAGUAGCUGUUAAGAAAUUCUUAAGAGAUAACAUCAAAGGCAAAGAUGAUUUCUGGGCUGAGCUCACCAUUAUUCAUCGGCUUCGCCAUAAACAUCUUGUUCGUUUAGUUGGUUGGUGCUACGAAAAAGGGAAGCUUCUUCUGGUGUAUGACUACAUGCCAAAUGGAAGUUUAGAAAAACACCUAUACGAAUCCUCCAAUACCCUGAACUGGAGACAUCGAUACAAAAUAAUAGCCGGUGUAGCCUCAGCAUUGCAUUACCUCCACAAUGAUUAUGACCAAAAGGUGGUUCACCGUGACCUCAAAGCUAGUAAUAUCUUGCUAGACUCCGGCUUCAAUGCACGUUUGGGGGACUUCGGGCUAGCCAGAGCCAUAGAAGAUGAGAGGAACUCGUAUUGCGAGCUUAGACUAGCCGGUGUUCCAGGCACCAUGGGCUAUGUGGCUCCAGAAUGCUUCCACACUGGAAAGGCCACUCCGGAAUCAGAUGUGUUUGGCUUUGGCGCAGUUGUGCUUGAGGUUGUGUGCGGUAAAAGCCCAGGAGUUAAGAUUCAGCAUGGAGAGCAUCAGUUAACAUUGGUUGAUUGGGUUUGGAUGCUGCAUCGUGAAGGACGUAUUCAAGAAGCCAUCGACAAGAGGCUUAACAACGAGUAUGAGGUUGAGGAAGCCAAGAGACUUCUGCUUCUUGGAUUGGCUUGCUCGAAUGUGGUCACUGGCGAGAGGCCACAAACUCAGGCCAUAUGCCAGAUUAUUGCUGAGACUCUACCGCCACCUCAUGUGCCAUCUUUCAAGCCUGUCUUUACAUGGCCGGCUUUAGGAGUUCUUAACUAUAACUCCCUUGAUAGUGCCUUUUCCAGCACCACAUAUUCUAGUUGAAGUGAGGGGAAAACACAUAAUCUAAUGUUAAUUGGUAGGGGUUCAGCUCAGCACUUCUCAUCCCCAGAUGGUAGUCUGUCUUUGAGCUCCUGAGAUUGGUCUGUUUACUUUGGGGAAUCAGUGAUCUAUAUCACAUGGUUUUGAGUCCUUAAGAAUUUUCAAUGGGAGAUUUUAACCUUAACCGAACUUGAGCUCCUUGCAACUUUGUAUUUUAUGGCACUGUACUACAUGUACUAUUACAUGAUUUUUAAAAGAUUCAGCCUUGAUGUUAUAGUCCAAAAUGACACAUUUUCUCACAUGUAAUUAAAAAGAGAAGUUUCUUUUC